CCGGUUCCAUUUCGACACAGAACUAUAGUGCUCAGCAAAUCAAAUAUCCUAACUGACACACGUCUUUGGGACAAGUCUUUUACAAACACACUUUACGAUUAUUUUUUUUUUCGAAAUUGAAAUCGUGAGAUAAAAGUAGAAACCACACAACAAAAAAAAUCACCAACUCAGUGAAAUAAGGUUAUCCAUGCAAUACAAUAAAAGCAUCUCAAUAACAUUUCGCCCAUUCCAAGAAUUGAAAUAUUGAAAUAUUUCUCAAAGAAUUUUCGUUUCCAAAGAAAACAAUUUUUUAAAAUUAAAUUCACCCACACACACAGUCGAGACUUACUGCGUAGUGGCUUAACAAUAUUUCGUACAAAAUGUGUUUAUAUCGAUGCAGGUUUCGAUGCAAGUCAAGAAUUUACCAGUGGAUUUAUUGUUGAAUCUUCAUGCAGUCUAGUGAUCAGACCACACAAUUUUAAAACAGUUUUAAACUCAGAAAGAGCACCACGUUCUCUCUCUUUCUCUCAGUUUGUAAGUGUUUGUGUGUUCCGGAUAAUGUGCGAAAAGUUUUCCACUUUGAUGCCACUACACGUCAAUUAAUCUCUAAAUGAAAAGCGAAACCCAUUAAAAUGCCAUGCCAAUAAAAAUUGUAACACAUAAAAUCAUAACGAAAAAUUAGCGAUACACCGGAAAAAUGAACCGCCGCGUGCGCGCACCCUUAGGCUAUCUCGCUACUCAUAAAUUGUUGAACAUUUAGAACGGCUCAAAUAAAAUUCGAAACUCUGUGUUGGUGCAAAAAAGCAAAGUGUUAAAUUCGUCUAGCAAAAGUGAAGCACAAAAAUAACCGAAAAAAAAGCGGAGAACUUUGGCCGACGUAUUGCUGCUAUUGUGUUGUUCUUCUUUGAUUGCUGCAACGACGAGCGAACGAGUGCUCACACCCAACAAAAGCUCAAAUUGAUUUGAUUGCAUUGUACAAACGCGCUUAGAUUUAAUAUUUCAAAACACCGUGCGCGUCCAAAGUGUGAGACAUACGAGCGAGAACAAAGAGAAAACGAAAGAGAAAAUUUAUAUGGGACGUCACAACGGAAAAUAGAAACCAUUGAACACAGAAAAUAGUAUCGCGUGCUUUACGAUCAUAAACCAUAGCCACAGACGAAAAAUAUUACGGUCGAAUAUAGAAACUUGAACUGAGAGAAUAUAACAAAAAAAAUAUAUCACAAAACAAAAAAUAAAAAUAGCAGAGAGUGAGAGAAAAAAGAAAGAAACGCGACGAAAAGACGUGAGAAAGAGCAAAAAUAUGCUUGAGUGAUAGAAUAUUGCUGUUCAAAUGCUGCUUAAGAAAAUUGGCGCAUUCAAAUUGUGCUAAGGCAUAAAUUUUUCGGUGGAUUAUAUAUAUGCGCCUGUGAACGAAGUAAACCAAAUUAACAACAAUACGCGCGGACAGUGCAAAGAGAAAAGAGAGCACGGAGAGUGAGAAGAAAAAAGCUCAUACCGGAGACCAUUAAACAAAUCGGCUGUUCACCGCUCGCACCACAGAGAAAAUCAAAAUCGCAACCAAGAGAAGUUAAAGCACGUGAAGAAGAAGCAGAGAGUAAGCAAACUACCACGCAAAGUUCCAGUGACGAGAGAGCAACCAACAAAUUGAAAGAGAGCAUGAAAGCAAUGGGAUUAAAUGAAGUGUUUUUUGCAACAAUUGUGCUUGGACUUAAUGGAUAUUUUAUUGCCAACGUGAAUGGCAACGAAGAGGAGGAUUUCACAGUGGAAGAAUUUCCAGAAGAGUUCAUGCCACCGCCGAUGCGUGAUGAUUUCGUGAUACGAGAUGACAUGUCACAGAAUAACCUGAUACAGGAUAAAGAUUUGCCGAAAUUCGGUGAGCCGCUACAAAAUCUCACAAUCCCCGUUGGACGCGAAGCACUCUUAUCCUGCGUCGUGGAUAAUUUGCAAACGUACAAGAUUGCUUGGCUUCGAGUUGAUACGCAAACCAUAUUGACCAUACAAACGCACGUAAUUACGAAAAAUCAUCGAAUGAUUGUAACACACGUAGAGAAACGGGCCUGGCAAUUGAAAAUCCGAGAUGUCAAAGAAUCCGACAAGGGAUGGUACAUGUGUCAAAUUAAUACUGACCCCAUGAAAAGCCAGAUCGCCUACUUGGACGUUGUCGUUCCACCCGACAUUUUGGACUAUCCGACAAGUAAUGACAUGGUUGUAAAGGAAGUCAGUAAUGUGACGUUGAAGUGUUCAGCCACUGGAUCCCCUCCACCGAGUAUAACAUGGCGCCGAGAAGAUGGAGAUGCGAUUAAACUACCUGGAGGCAAUGAAGUGUCCAGCAUCAACGGGUCGUCCUUUUCGAUUUCGCGCGUUGACAGGUUGCAUAUGGGAGCAUAUCUUUGCAUCGCAAGCAACGGCAUUCCUCCAACCGUCAGCAAACGGGUCAUGUUGAUUGUUCAUUUUCCACCUAUGAUGAUGAUACAGAAUCAAUUGGUUGGUGCAGCCAUUGGACAGAACGUCACCCUUGAGUGCACCUCAGAGGCUUUUCCAAAGUCAAUUAACUUUUGGAUGCGAGCUGCAUCGAAGAAUGACUCUAUCAUUACUACCGGCAACAAAUAUAUUCAAGAAGUAUUCGAGAACGUUUACAAAGUGGUGAUGAAAUUGACGAUUGUCGAUGUUGACAUCGCUGAUUUUGGCCAAUACAAAUGCGUGGCCAAAAAUUCAUUAGGCGAAACGGACGGCUCAAUCAAAUUAUAUCAUAUACCUCGACCGACCGUGUCAACGACUCUGGCAACCACGACCACUACCACGACAACCACAACGACACCGAUGCCACCAACGACCGUACCCAAUUCAUUUCGAAAAAGCAAAGAUCGUAUGUCACAUCAGAAUCACGGGGAUGAUAUGUCAUCAAAUAAUAUAAUAAUCGGAGCAACGCCGAGUCACUGGAAUAACGAUGGCAGAGGCCACGAGCAUCGUUUACGUAACAGCGAACUUCAACCGCCCAGUUCGGAAGUGCAACAUGAUGCCGAUUCGCUAACGGAAAAUGAAAUUUCCAGCAGUGCAACAACGAUGACGAUGCGGCCAUCGUCAACAACAACGACCCUAACCAAAACUUUUAUUUCACUAUUUCAUUUAAAAACUUCAAGUGCAUCAUUAACGGCGAAUUUAAUACUUAACAUAUUGUUGGCCCAUAGUAGUUAUAGGGUCAUAAUGUAGCUAACGUCUAUCAUUUAAGCAUUUAAUGCAUAACCCAAUUUAUUUUAACGAAACAAAAAAAAAAUAUAAACUAAUAUAACAAUAGUGCAUAUACCACGGCAGCAACAACACGAAUAACAGUAAAGAAACAGCGUAAAACACAAAUUAUGCAAUAGUCAAACACAGAAACAACCAGCAAAACAAAGAGAAAACACACACACACACAAACCAACAUUAUAUAGAUAUACAUACAUACAGACAAAAAAAACUCGCAUUGUUAAUUCUUUGUAUAGUUUGAAUUGUGAGUUGUGACUUUGAAUGUGUGCGUGCGCGAGUGGUGAGUAUGUGUGUAUAUGAUUGUAUUGAAUGGAAAACUGAAAUUGGCCACGUAUUCAUUGAAUGUGCAAGUGCAUUUCGACCGAUCUCGAUUGUGUAUUAUUAUCCGAGAGACCCAGAUAAAAGAACAAAACGGCAACGAGCUCACAUAACUUUAACUCAGUUUUUUUUUACUGUCGGCGUGAAAUGUAAGACGCAAAACGAAACGAGAAAAAAGAAUGCACCAUGUUCUAUAUAAACAGUAACGAUAACAAUAACGGAAACUAUGCAAGAUGGAAAGGAAUAACCCGAUUAUGGAUGGAAUCUAGUCGUAUACACCGAGAAAAUAUUUUGUAAACCAAAUUACGGAAAAAAACCGAUUGCGAACCAAAAAAGAUGAGUGCAAAAAAAAUUCAAGUAGAAAAAGUGCCGUUUUUUUUUGUUUCAAGCACACAAACUUAGCAGAUAGUUAAAGCUUCAACAGUUUGUUUCGUCUAUUGUUUUCUUGCAUUCGGAUCUGCACUUUUGUCAACAAUUUAGUCAGUAGUUUUGCAUCAAUGCUACUUACUGUUGCUGUUUUUUUCUGCGCGUCUUUCGGAUGGGGUGAACCCUGAGUUUUUACGACUCACUCACUGUUUCACCGUGAAAUGUAUCUCCUCGGUUGCGCUCGGUUUCCGUACAAAAGAUGCAAGUGGUUUUUUCAUUGUGAAUAAACAGUGGAAAUUUUUUGUCGGCAAAUUCAUUGUUAUUGUUAUCGUUUUUUCUUUUUGUUUCUCACUUUGGUGGUGUUUUUUUCGGUCUCAAUCUCUCUCUCUCUCUCUUUCGCUCGUAUCACACAUUCACAAAACAACCGAAACGUACCAGUUGUGGAGGGAAAAAAACAAAGAAACACGUUGCCCUAGAACAAAAGAUUCAUCGGAUGAAAAGGAAAAGCAUCUUUAUGCAGUGUUCAACCCGUUGACUCUAUCAGCACAUUACAUAACUUAUCAUCAUGUACGUCACAAUGCAAUAAAUUGUUUGUCGCUUAUUUUUUUUUCUUUCUGCUCAUGUCUUUCGUGGGAAUAUACAGUUUGUCAACGAGUGAGCGUGCGCGGGUCCCACGAGAGAAUGAGGUAUAUUAAAUGAGAAAAAGACAGAGAGAAAGAGAGCCGAAAGAACGAAAGAGACGUAGAAAGAGGGAGCAUCAUUUCUCCAUGGUUUCAAAAUGAUGACUCGCUCUUGUUGUGACUUUGCAACGGAAACGAACAGCGGAAAAUGCAUAUAAUGAUAACAUAUUAGUGUAAACGCAACUUUGCGGUUUUAUGCAGCUUUUGUCAUUUUCCUACAAUGCAAACAAAACAAGACGAAAACAGCACAUUUACAGAAUGACAACUAAGUGAACAACUUUUUCUCUCCACCGGUUCUAAUUGAAUUCGUUUCAAUUGGUUUAUGCAGACUGUAAAUUCAUUAACAAAAACGUACAGGAAACCUUCAGUAUGGCGUGCUGAAUUGGUUGUUCGUCAGUUGAAAAUAAAUUCUUUCUUUUCGUAACCUCAUUUAUUCGAGACUAUUGCGAAAGAGAGAGAGAGAGAAAUUGUGUCGAAGUUAAUUCAAAAACCAACAAAAAUAUCAGAGAUGAAAAAUAAAGAGAAAAUUUAAUUGUUGUUACAUGAUUUAGUUCAUAAGUCACGGUGAGUGAAAUGUAUUGAAUCGGUGCGUUUAUGAAACGAAAAUGCAUGCAAUGGGCUGCGAUGCAUUGUGUUUCGAAAUGGGAAUGUCAAUUGUCAUCAGAGUUAUACGUAAUUAAAAAAGAUAUAGGAAAUUCAAAAUGUUUGUUUACAAACGAAGAAAUUCAUUUAGAUGUGCUUCAAAUCCAAAAGUCCAUUGAAAGCCGAACAACCCCGAUCAUAUUGUAAUGUCAAUCAUGGAGUUAUCCGGCUCUCAACCGGCUCUACAUUAGAGAAUCAUAAUUGAAAACUGUUUUCUCUCGGUUGAAUUAAGUCUACUUUGCCUACAUUUAAACGCUACUUGAGAAAAUUAUCGCUCAGAUAUCGAUGAUUCGUGUAAAUUGGACACUCACACAGACAACUUUUUUAGGUGAAAAUUUCAGAACUAUUGUAAAUAUCUUUAGGAACAAUGAAAAUAUUUAUUCAACUGAUAAAUACAAAUUUUAAACUGAAACGAAUGUCAAUACAUCUAAGUGAAAUGCAAAUAUUUAAGUAAAUCAAUCUCAAA